AUGGCAAGUCCUCAUCACCGAACCCUACGUUACUACGAAGAUGGGCCUUCGUCCACAACCACCUCCAUCCAAGAAAUCACCCUGACAGCCACUUCAUUACCCGAUGCCUCUUCUACCAUCACCUCAAUCAAUAGCCUAGAGCCGGACGUCACGGUGAUUCAAAAGCUGUAUCCCACUGGUGUCGGCGAGCGAUUGACCUAUACCGACUUGCUUGAUGAUGAUGAUACUCACGAAACCAUAUACAAGGUCAACUUGACUUACUCGGCCCCCUCAUCCUGCUCAACGCACUGGACUACAACCACUGCUGUGUCGCUCAAUCCACCUGCGAUGCCCACCACAUACACCUACGGCGUGGUUUUUGUCGAUCCUACCCAGGUCCCUAGUACUUCUAUGGGCGACCUGCGUGACAGGUAUCACCCGUCGUCGCUAUAUGUACGCCGCAACUGUCAGUACUACAACUACUAUCAGAACUCCUACUACGAUGGCGAUGAUGAUUGGUUCCAUGGCGACUACUGGAUGGGCAUCAGCCCAUUCGCUCUGACGUUGAUUCUGGUGAUCGGGUGGGUUGAACUGUGGAUCAUCCUGGGUUUCAUCGAGAGCUUCGUUCGGUUUCGCCGCCUGAUGACCGGCUGGCUGACACGUCGCGGUCUGCCCGUGUACUGGGCCAUCACGAUUCUACCCAUCACUCUGCUUUUGCUGUGCUAUUUUCGGAAGGGCUACCGAGCCCGCACGUACCUCGAGGCCCAGGAGCUGACGAAGAAAUGGAAGGCCAUGAGUGUGUGGACGAAGCUGCGCCUCUUCUUCGUCUGGGGGUUCCGGUUCAAAUACCCGCCAAUGCUGGGUCCACCCGGCAAGAUGAGCAAGCGACCUGGCCCAAACUUGUACCCACCGCCCGGUGUUCCUCCCAUGGCCUGGGCUGGCGCCGUGGACUAG